AUGGUGGAAAGAUUCCACCGACAGCCUAAAGCCGCUGUUCGCACGGCUCCUGACCCUCAUCGUUGGUCCGAGUUUCUCCCCAUUGUUCUGCUAGGGUGCCGCUCAGCUGUCAUGGAGGACUUAGGCUACACCUCUGCUGAGCUCCUGUAUGGCACCACCUUAGCAUUUCUUGGACAAAUAUUGGCGCGCGUCGACUUACCGAAUGCGGACCCCACAUCUUACGUCACGCGACUCAGGUCAUUCUUUGCUGACCUGCUACCGAUGCUUCCUCGUAACCAGUCUAUUUCCUCUGCAGUACCUCUAGAUAUUUCUACCUGGACUCACGUCUUUGUAAGAAAUGACGCUGUCAAGGGACCGCUCACACCUCCCUACACUGGACCCUAUCGCGUUCUGUGGACAUUCACAGAAAAAAAAGAGACUGUCUCUAUCGACAGAGUUUAA